AUGAACAAGCGAGAAGAUGAGAAAGCCGUGAUGUGCCUGUGCUACCAACUCGAGCACAUCGCCGACAACUACCCACCUCUCGCUGACGAUCUCAAGCGGGCUGUGAGCAAACUGAUCAAGGGCUGGCAUGCCAGGGAAGCCUACGAACGCUUCAACAACAAGAUCGAUGCCAGAACGGAGAACUCACUUAUCGAGGACGCCGAGGACAUGUGCGACGAUCUGUGGGCACCGUCGGACCUACAGAGCACCAUCAAGUACCUGCCUGCCGAAGUUGAGACCAGGCCCGAGUGGGCGCGCAAUAUGGAAGUGUUGUGCUUCAUCGACGACCACGACCAGGAGGAGGAGCACCCUUGUGCCAAUGGGGAGGAUGGUGGUGGCGGCAACGGAGGCAAGGGCGAGGACGACACGAAGAGCCGUGCCGGGUGGAAAUACGAGAUCCCUCGUUCUCUCGCGGCAUGCAUUCUGGUGCGCUCUCUACAAAGAGAACGCAUGAACGCCGAGAGCAUGCUGCAGAGGCACAUUCACAGGGCCAGCGAGAGGAUGGCGCUAGCCUACUCCAAGGCCAUAAUCCCACUGCUGGCCUAUUGUGACAUUGCCCAUCCUGCCUAG